AUGAUGGCCACCACCAAGCAACGCAUGGUCAAGCUCUCGCUCUUCGCGCGGCGCAAGAGUCAUCUAUCCGAGGAGGAGUUUCACCAGUACUGGUCCGAGACGCACAGGGCUCUAGCGAUGGACUGGCUCGUGAGAUAUGGGAUCGUCAAGUACACGCAGUACCAUACCCCCUCGAAGCUCCUUUCGUCUGCCCUAGCAGGGUUCCCUGCCCUGAAAGGUGUAAAGAAAGUCGACUUCGACGGCGUCGGCGAGUUUCUCAUGCCAGAUGUGGCAUGCUUCCACAGGGCUCGCGAGGACCCAUAUUACGCCGAGGUUGUUGCGCCAGAUGAGGAGAAGUUGUUCGACUGGGCUUCGGCGGAGUGGACCAUUGGCUGGGAGGAGGUGUACAUCAAGGACGGCAAGGUCGUGGAUAUGCCGUUUGGGGAUGCUGAAGUGUCGAACUCCUGA